AUGUUUCUAAAAUUAAAUUACAUUAUUGUGAUAUUGUUAUGGCUAUGCUUAGUGAAUUUCAUUUUAAGUGCUCGAAUAUUAUUCGUGGGAAUAGCGCCAUCAUUAAGUCAUCAUAUAUUCUUUCGACAUCUAAUUAAAGAACUAGCAUUUCGAGGACAUCAUGUCGUAUCUAUUACUCCCGAUCCGAUAAAUGAUCCAGAAUUAAUAAAUAUAACAGAAAUUGACACUCAUAACGAGACAUACGGUGUAAUCCUUACUCAAAAAUGGUUAGAAUCAGUUCAAUAUCAAAAACUAUCAGAAAUGAAUCUAAUGCGAUUAUAUUUACCACUUUUUCACGAAAAAGAUGAUAAAGUCUUAAGUGCACCUAAAGUUCAAGAAUUAAUCCAUAAUCCAAAUGAACAUUUUGAUGUAGUAAUAGUGGAAUGGCUAAUGGUUAGUGCUCAUUAUUUUGGUUUCCGAGAACGAUUUAAUUGUCCUUCUAUUGGUGUAGCAUCAUUGGAUACUACCAUUAAUGUUAUGGAUGCAAUUGGAAAUUCACCAGAUCCUAAUUAUUAUGGAAGUUUUUUCACUGAAUUUUCUGGUGGAAAUUUGAAUUUUUGGGAACGUUUACAAUUAUUGUGGCAUCAUAUUGAUUUCCGAUAUUAUUAUUACUUUCAAUAUUUACCCGGCUGCAAUAAAUUGCUUGCAAAACAUUUUAAUGUUACUAAUAAGUCAGCAUGGGAUUUGGAAAAAUCCGUGGACUUGCUAUUAACAAAUACAAAUCCUAUAUUUCAUAUUCCCAGACCAAAAGUUCCAACUUAUAUCGAUAUUGGAGGAAUGCAUUUGGCAGAUCGGAAGCCACUACCAAAAGAUCUGAAGAAGUUUUUGGAUGAUUCGAAACAAGGUGUCAUUUAUUUUAGUUUGGGCUCAAAUGUUCAAAGUACAAAUCUACCAGAUGACACAAGGACAGCUAUACUCGAUGUAUUCAGACAAUUGCCAUUCACCGUUUUAUGGAAAUGGGAAAGUGAUAGCUUGCCUGAUAAACCAAAAAAUGUAAUAACCAAAUCUUGGUUUCCACAGCAAGACGUGCUAGAUCAUCCUAAUUUAAAAGCAUUUAUCAUGCAAGGUGGAAUACAAUCCAUAGAAGAAGCUAUUCGAAGUGCCGUUCCACUAAUUUGUGUACCAUUUGGUACUGACCAAAAGUUUAAUGCUCGUAGAAUUGCUGAUUUAGAAAUUGGACGACAAUUAUCUUUUGAUGAUAUUACCGUGGACACAUUAAAAGAUGCCAUAACAGAUAUAACCACAAAUCCAAAAUAUAAGAAAAAUAUUCAAAAAUUAUCUGAAGUUUUAUGGGAUCAACCUACAAAACCAUUAGAUCGUGCUGUUUGGUGGAUUGAAUAUGUUAUUCGACAUGGUGGAGCGAAACAUUUACGAUCCCCUGCUGCUGAUUUACCUUGGUACAAAUAUUUAUUGCUGGAUAUACUUGGUUUUAUUUUCGGUGUAGCAAUCAUCGGUUUAAUUGUAAUCGUAAAAGCAAUCAAAUUAUUUUUGAAAUUUGGCCUUUAUAUAACGAAAAAAAUUAAAUAUAAGGUGGAAUAAGUUUAGUCCAUCUGAUACGAGAUAUAAUUAAAAAUAUUACUAUUGCCAAUAAAAAUAACGGAACGGGGAAGAAAUAAAAGAUUUGCACAUUAUGUCCGGCGGAAGGAAGAUUUUGGAUUUAACAAAGAAAUCUUUAUCUGCACUUUUUAUACCAUACAUAUAUGUAAUAUGCAAGGU